AUGGAUGCCACUCUCUUGCCUUCCCUCGCCGAGGGCCAGUUGAACCUUCACCUUCUCCGCUGGACGGGGGAAGGAAAAUCCUCCCUUUUGGAGGCUGCGUACGCUGUGCCGGUGCUUUCCCGGAGCGAGGGGGUCAUUCUUGCAAUUCCUCCCGGCUUCCUGGCUCCAACCCUUUUAGGGCAUACCGCUCACGAAGACAGCCUUGUGGGGCCCUCAAAGCUUCUGACCGUACCAUUUGCCGUGACGGACGAACUGGGAGCAGAGAGCCUGCUCGGCAUAGAUGCGCAAGAUCACCCAGAUGCACUGCCAGUGGGGCCGGCCCUUCUCACUGCCACCAGGGCCUGGAUAGAGCAAGCCGACCUGGCCCCGAAAGCCAAGGCGAAACAGCAAACCAAGGCCAAGCGCCUCACAACGGCUGCCCUCUGCAGUGACGGACCUGCUCCCCAGAUUGGAAAGCAGCUUGCAGCUUUGCAGAAAGGACCGCCGCCCCGGACGAGGGAACCUCUGGAUUUGGGGGCAGGCGUGCCACUUCAGGACGAGCCUGCGGAGCGGGGAUAUGGGAUGCCUCCGGAGUCAGCCGAGUUUCCCAGCAUGCAGGCCGCAAUCAUGCAGCAGACACAGGCGCUUUCUGUCCUCAUGUCCCAUGUCCUCUCCCAAGCAGACGGAGGCUUAGCCGACCUGGCGUCCGGAUCAGGCUCUUCGUCCUCCUUGGCCUCUCGGGGAGCAGCAAAGAGGGAGCGGCUCCAGCAAGCUCUGUCCAGCCGGACAGGGAACUUCUUCCUUCAAGUCAUGCAGCAGGUUUCUCGGCGGCUCAAUCCUGCAAGCGCAGCGCCCCAGAGCCUUGCAGAGCUGCAAGGCAGCCCGAUGAUGUGCCGCUACUUGGAGAGAUUCGGCGGAUACGCCGGCCAAAGGGAGGCAGGAUACCUAAUGUGGAUGCUGGCUCCCCUUGACCAUCAGCCGGACACUUGGUUCACAACGAAGGUGUCUUUUGCUACGUGGGCUGGGGGUCUUCUUCGGGGAGUGUUCUGUUCCCGAACCACUUUUGCUUCUUUUUUGAAGUCAACUUUGCAUCUGAACAGGCUCGUUCCUGACAAGCCUUCGUGCCGUGCAGCUGGUCUUGUGUUCCCGCUUCCGGUGCCAAGCCCUGGGGCUUUUGAACCUUUUCCUUUGGGUUUGUCUUCCCGGACUAGGAGACGCAUACUGCACAGGCGUCUCUUGCACGUCGUUGUUAUGGCCCUGAACUUCCUUCACAACGAUUUCGUGCCAAUACCGCUGGCCCUUUUGCAGCGGCCACCUACCCAGGUGCAGGUUCGCCUCACAUCUUCCGUGGGUAGGCUUUUGAAGGCUUUCGGUGCCUCUGUUGGCGAGGAGCUCCUUGUCAGCACAGGCCGCCGCAAUCCCCAAUUGGUUGCACGCCUUUCUGAGUUGAUCUCGUUGUUGACUACCAUCAGUCCCAAAGGCUACGAUGCAAGGCUGAAGCUUUCUGGCCGCGGCCAGUUUGACGCUCGGCCUUUCCUCAGCCCAAACCUCUACAUGGCUUUCUGUGAGCCUGAUGCUCUGCUGCACACCGGCAUGCCUCCCACUGAUGUCUUUGCUGAUUGGACCAAAGAGCGGCCCGAAGAGGUCGCGGCCUUGGCCAAGAUCUGGGAUUCAAAGGGCUUGCUGCAUCUUAGGCCCUCCAACGUACCUGCCUCUUUGAGCCAUCACGUUUCGCGGGCUUUUAACUGCUACAAAAGCCCAGAAAAGGAUCGACAGAUCAUUGACAGAAGGGGUCGAAACUGGUGUGAAGGAGGCAGGGUUUGCGGCCCAUCCGCAAUCAUCCCGGUAGGGCCCCUGCUGUGCCAACUUGAGGCCCGGCCUAGCCGCGAGACUGUCAGGAUUUCAAUAACUGACAGGCGUGACUUUUACCAUCAGUUUUGGGUGCCAGACCGGCGCGCUGAGACAAACAUGCUGGGUCCCGCUCUGCCGCGUAGCAUGCUGUUUGGCACGGCUGCACUUGAGAGGUUCGAGGCCCAGCGAUGUCCGCGUUCUUCGGGAAAAAGACUGCACGAGGUCAGAAGCGACUUCCUUCACGAGGAGCCUGCUAAGGAUCGCUUGGAGCCUUUGUUGUUCAACUCCGACCUCUUGGUGCCUUGCUUCAAGGCCAUUGCUCAAGGGGACCAUAUCGGUGUCGAACUGGCCUCGGAUGCGCAUGCCCAGGGCCUCAUAAUCGACGACUUCUUUGUGGCCUCAGUCUGCGAUGCUAGCUCCAGCAGUGAGCCGGCGUGCGUUGCCAAGCUGCGCUUGGCAAAGGAAGCAUAUGCUUUGUACUCCCUCGAAGGAGUUUUGGUCUUGUCCGAGCGUGUCAUUGGCCUUCCCAGGUGUGUCGCCCAGGAGUUGGUCCUGCUGGCCAUCCUGGCCCCGCUUGCUGUGUCCAAUCUUGGCGCCGUCCUGGCAGACAGUCUAUACGCCACCGACGCUUCCGAGCAAAAGGGUGCUUUCGUGAGUUCCACCGCGCCCCCCUUUCUGGUCCGGUCACUUUGGCGCACUGGCUCCAAGAAGGGUGGCUACUCUCGCAUUUUCUCUCGUGAGGAGGCACUCCUGGCUAAGCACCUUGAUCCUGAGCCCUACGAUCUUCGCUUGUUGCAGAGCCAGACGUCCGUGAGCCCUAGCCGGCCCCUGGCUUUCAGGUUCGACUUCAUUGAGGUUUUCUCCAGUUCUGGUAGGUUGACUGAGGCACUUAGCGCUAAGGGUUGGGUUGUAGGUCCUCCUCUUGACAUUGCACGAAGUCCUGCCUAUGACCUGCAGAACCUCCGCGUGCUUGACUGGUUGUUGCACAUGUUGGAAGGUCGCACCCUCCGCAGCUUGGCCUUGGGGCCCCCUGGCUCCACCUUCUCGUGCGCAGCCUCUCCCAGCUUGAGGUCUGAUACUGAGCCUAGGGGUUUCUCGCCGUCUGAGCCACGCACGCUUUUGGGCAACACUUUGGCGCUUCGGGCUCUGACGCUUGUGUUUGUUGCCCUUCGGAUGGGCGCCGUUGCCUUGCUUGAGCAGCCCCGGAAGUCCAAGAUGGCAAGGCUCAGUGAAUGGAAGCGCUUGCUCCUGUUGGGGGCCCGUGAGGUCUUUUUGGCCUCCUGUUCUUUUGGUAGCGUCCACCUGAAGGAGUUUCGAUUCCUGGUGGUCAACGCAGAUUUCUCCCGUCUGCAGCAGCCGUGCACAAGGAAUCAUUCCCAUGUAAAGAUCCAAGGGAAGCAUACAGCAGCCUCCUCCGUGUACGUGCCUUUCCUUGCAGAUGCCAUUGCCCACGAGUUUGACCAAGCACUUAGAGCGCAGGCCCAUGUGGCCGCUGCACAAAGCCUAAAGGCUGAAGGCCUUGAAAACUUCGUUGUGAAUGAUGUUGUGUUGUCUCUGCCGUGGAGGGUUGGGAAGGCAUGGGCUUGGAGGGCCAUGUCCCACAUCAAUAUCUUGGAGCUCGCCUCGGUCCUCCGCUUGCUGCGCUUCCUGGCCCCUCAUGGGUCCCUCCGGAUCGUGGUGUUUGUAGACUCUGCUGUUGCACUCCAGGCAGCCUCUAAAGGCCGCAGCCCCUCAAGAGGCUUAACACCCAUCCUCCGCAAGGUCGCCGCCGUCUGCUUGGCUGCAGACCUGUAUCCAGUCUUCCACUUCUGCCCUACGCGCCUGAAUCCCGCUGACUGUCCUACUCGUGACACGCUUUUGCCUCCGCCUUCUGACCAUGCAGUGUGGCCCGAGUUGACUAUUGAUCAGCUCUAUGAGGGCCUUGCAGCCACCAAGGUGCGCCGUUGGCUUGCAGACUGGGAGCGACUUGUGUGUCUCCUUGCUGGGCCUCCGCCAGGAUUGUCACCUGUGCUUGACUGGCGUGACUUUCGCCACUCAUCCCGCCUUUUUGAUUCAACUUUAGGGUUCCCUGGCGAGGGUCCCUUCCUCGCCUCCCUCGCCUUCUUCUUUUGCGGCCGCCUCUUGUGUCUUUUCUUCCUCUUCCUCGCCUCUCCGGGUUCUUCAGGGUGUUCAGGGUGGGGUUUUAAAGGAUGCCAUGGCAUGCUGCUCCCCCGCGACCGCGCAGACCAAGCGCGACAGGCUGCAAGAGAGCACAAGACACUGGCUGAAGGAAGGCCUGUCGAGGAGCCGACUCAGCGUAGACGUCAGAAGUUUCUGGAGGCUUUUGAGCGUUGGCUUGGCGCCCGUGGUUUCGACUUCAAGGUGCUCCUGACACAAGGGUUUGAAGGGGCCCCCGAGAUGAACCGUCUGCUGACCGACUUUGGCCGUGAGCUUUUUGCUGCUGGCUGGCCUUAUUCUCACUACUCGGAAACCAUCAACGGGGUUGCUGCUUUACAGCCAGCUUUGAGGCGUGUUUUGACACCAGCUUGGGAUUUAGCGUUUUCGUGGCUCCGUGAAGAACCUCAUACGCAUCACCUUGGCAUGCCUUGGCAGGUGCUACUCGCUUGUGUCUCAGUUGCCCUUCUUUGGGGCUGGGUCCCCGUCAUGCGCGUGGGCGAGGUUCUCGGUGCUACGAGAUCUGACCUGACAUUGCCAGCCGAUCUUGGUGGCACGAUAUGGUUUGCGCUGCUGUCAAUCGCGGAGCCAAAAACAAGGUUUCGAGCUGCCCGACGCCAGGUCGCUCGCUUGGACCAACCUGAUUUGCUGCGAGUUGUCGCCAUGGCUUUUGGUCACUACGCCCCCGAAAGGCGCCUAUGGCCUUUCUCUCCCUCGACUUUGAGGAGCAGGUUCUCCGCAGUGGUCAAGGCCCUCUCUUUGGACCGACUUCCAGGAGGCAAGCAGUUGGACCUUGGCUCCCUCAGGGCGGGAGGGGCUACGUGGCUCCUUCACCAGACUGAGAACAGCGAGCUCGUCAGGCGACGAGGCAGAUGGCUAAAUCAUCAUUCAAUGGAGAUUUACGUCCAGGAAGUGGCGGCGCUACAUUUCUUAUCGACAGUCCCAGCCGUCGCCAAGACCAAGGUUUUGUCCUUGCUGGAAGGAUUCCAAAAUCUCCUGUUCCGUGCAGAAGCGCUUCAGCGUGCAGGGGUCCGUUCAAUCUCUUUCGCCUGGGUUAGCAGCCGCAAUGGUUGGAAAGGUUGGGUGUGGCGAAAAUCGCUUUGGGCAUACUACCAGGAGCUACUUCAGACUCUGGUGCAAAACAGAAGUUGCACCGUUGCCGCUUGGUUAGCAUGA